GUGAAAACAACACCGAGGCGGGGGAGGGAGCUGGCGUUAGGCCCCGGCGGCGCUCCUGGGCAGUGGGCAGCCCUCGCGCGGAGGAAGUAAUUGCCCCCAGAACUGACCUCUGAUUUCUUGACAAAGAGAAUGGGUAAAAAAGUAAAGAAGGAAGUGGAGCCACCUCCCAAGGAUGUGUUUGAUCCUUUAUCGAUUGAAAGCAAAAAAGCAGCAACAGUGGUGCUAAUGCUUAAUUCUCCAGAAGAGGAAGUUUUGGCUAAAGCAUGUGAUGCUAUAUAUAAAUUUGCAUCAAAAGAACAUUACUUCCAUAGUAGAAGAUCCUCAUGGGAACAACCAGCCUCAAUCAUUGCUACAUGUUUGGGAAUCAAACAAGUGUCUAGUGAUGAAAACAAAGUGACACUCCUUAGUCUUGGAGCUGUGGAGCCUUUAUUUAAACUAGUCUCACAUGAAGACCCACUUGUGCGCAGAAAUGCCAUCAUGGUAUUUGGGAUCAUGGCUUCUAAUAAUGACGUCAGAAAAUUAUUAAGAGAGCUAGAUGUCACAAAUUCAGUCAUAGCUCGGCUGGCGCCAGAAGAAGAUAUAGUUGUCCAUGAGUUUGCCAGUCUUUGCCUAGCACAUAUGGCAGUUGAAUAUACCAGUAAAGUGCAAAUAUUUGAGCAAGGUGGACUAGAACCACUUAUCAGAUUGCUAAGUAGCCCUGAUCCUGAUGUUAAGAAGAACUCUGUUGAAUGCAUCUAUCACCUCGUACAGGAUUUUCAAAGCCGUGCUGCAGUUCGUGAACUAAACGCAAUUCCUGCCUUGCUGGAACUGCUGAAAUCUGAAUAUCCAGUUGUUCAAUUGUUAGCUCUCAAAACCUUUGGUGUAAUUAGCAAUGACAGAGAAACCAGGAUAAUACUGAGAGAAAACCAAGGAUUAGAUCAUCUUUUUAAGAUACUGGAAACUAAGGAAUUUAAUGAUCUUCACGUGGAAGCUCUUGCUGUGGUGGCAAAUUGUCUUGAGGAUGUGGACACUAUGCAACUACUUCAGCAGACAGGAGGUCUUAAAAAGCUACUUUCAUUUGCAGAAAUGUCUACCAUUCCUGAUAUUCAGAAAAAUGCAGCAAAGGCAAUUACUAAAGCAGCUUAUGAUCCUGAAAAUAGAAAAAUUUUGCAUGAAGAAGAGAUUGAAAAGUGCCUCAUAACCCUUUUGGGAACUGACAAUGAUGGUGCUAAAGCUGCUGCUUCUCAAGCUAUUUCUGCUAUGUGUGAAAAUUUAGCUAGCAAAGAUGCUUUUGGAAUCCAAGGGAUUCCCCAGCUAGUUCAGUUGCUAAGCAGUGAGAAUGAAGAGGUAAAAGAAGCUGCUGCCAUAGCUCUGGCUAAUCUCACAACAGCCAGUCCUGGCAAUGCAAGUGCUGUUGCUGAAGCUGAAGGAAUCGAGCCAUUAAUAAAUGUCCUGAGUGCUAAGAGAGAUGAGACUGUUGCUAAUGCAGCUACAGUACUAACAAAUAUGGCCACGCAGGAGCCAUUACGUCUCAGCAUCCAUGGUGUUAUGAAUGCAAUUGUAGAACCACUGCAGUCUACCAACAGCCUGGUACAAAGCAAAGCAGCACUCACUGUGGCUGCAUUUGGUUGUGAUGCUGAUGCAAGAACUGAGUUAAGAAAUGCAAGUGGACUUGAACCACUCGUUAAAUUGCUACAUUCUAAGAAUGAUGAAGUCAGAAGAAAUGCCUGUUGGGCAGUUAUGGUUUGUGCAAGCGAUGAACUAACAGCAGUUGAACUUUGCAGGCUAGGUGCUUUAGACAUCCUGGAAGAAAUUAACUUGUCAACAGGGCGCAAAAAUAACUUCAGUGAAGGAGCUCUGGACAAGCUACUUGAUAACAACCUUUCCCAAAAAUACAGCCAAAUGGGUUACUUAUCAUCCAGUAACAUAAUUACUGAUGGGUUCUAUGAUUAUGGUCAGGUAAAGCCUGGAGUGAAACUUUUGUCUUUGGAGGAACUGAGUAUACAAGAGCUUAAUGAUCAUCGUGCUAUAAUUUUAGUUAAUGCUAAACUACCAGAAGCUUCCCUCAGUGCAGAGGACAAAUCACAGGAUCUAUCUUAUGGACGAACCACAUCAUCUUCUUCUAUUAGAAAAAGUAGUAAAGAAAGAGCAAGUAGUGCAGUGGUGUCUCCUGUUGAGGAAAAACAAGAAUCUUCUGGACGAUCUCCCUCUUCGCUCAGCAAAAGCAGCACUAGAGAGAAAGGCUCAAGAAAAGGGAAAGGAAAAAAAGAAGAAGAUAAACCAAAAGAAGAAGAAGAGUUGCAAACAAUGCCUAAAGUCCAGCAGGAAGUAAUUCUUGAAAAGUUACUGUGGCUGCCACCAUUUGACUCCAUUUUACUGGAUUACAUUAUUGAUGCUUCCAAAAUAAUCCUACCGUUAACUACUACGAAAGAACAGGUUGUAGCACUUGCACUGUUUGUUGCAGAUAAGAUGGGUGGCCCAAUUGAAAGAGACAAAUUACAUGAAUUCAGCUGGGAACUUCAUAUAAGUGAAAUUGAAUUUGAACUGAAAUGCAAUGUCGUACCUAUUGGGAAAAUCAAGAAAGGGACUUUCUACCACAGGGCUCUGCUUUUCAAGGUUAUAGCAGACAGAAUUGGCAUUGGCUGUAGUUUAGUUCGUGGAGAAUACGGCAGAGCUUGGAAUGAAGUUAAAUUAGUUGACGAUUCUCCUCAAGGAAUAACUGGGCUUCUACUUCCUCCUCAAACGUAUAUUGUAGAGCUAAUGUACCAGCCAGGCUGCUUAAUGAAGCAAGGAAGUGCAGAGGCAGAUUACUACCUAUGUAUUUAAUCCUAGUGUCAGAUCUCUUCAAAAAGAAAGUAUUUUUAAAGAGAUUUCAUUAAUACAUUUGUAUGAUACAUAAAGAUUUGUGGGCCCAACUUUCAAACUUUGAUGCUGAAAUUAAAGCACCUAUUCCCACAUUAAGUAGUCUAAAGAAGCACUUCAGUUCCUAAAUACCCAUUUUAGGUGUCUACUCUAAAUCCUUGUUUGUGAUCCAGAAUGUGAAUUUAGGCAUCUCAUUUUAGGUAUCUGAGUUUGACAUGUUAGACAUUUUAUUUGAUGCUGUAUUAUAGAAUAAAAUGUAGAGAUCCAGACUGUCAAUAUUGGUGGGCAUAAUACUUGACUGUGCAUUAUCAUUUUCUUCCAGUAAAUGUGUUUAGAGUAUUUAAGAACUAAAGGGUCGGUUCUCUUUUCCUUUGGCUUUCUCAUCUUCCAUUGAUGUUAAUGGGAGUACACGAGGUGAGGAGAAUACAAAGCUAAUGAAAUAACUAGACAUGGUUAAACCAAUUUAUAAUAUCUUUUUUGUUAAAAUAAGCAGAGUAUUAAGAAUUGUCUUAGGCUUUGUCUACACCAGCAGUUUUGUCGGCAAAACUUUUGUCGGUCGGGAUGUGAAAAAACACACCCCUGCCUGACAUAAGUUUCACUGACAAAAGCUAUGUCGACGGGAGAGCAUCUCCCCCACCCUAUGCCCCAACUCUACAGAUAUGUGGUGUGAUUUCAUGAUGGGCUGUUUGGUAAUAUUUUCUCUUCUUUGGUUGUAAAGAGAAACAAAAUGCAAGUCAUUUGAAGUAAAAAAUGAAAAAUACUUUUCUAGACACGUAGUAAACACAUUUGACAAGUAGACACUCAGCAAAACAAAUUAUGGAUAACAGACAACUUUGUACACUGUACUUUGACAAGAUUUCUGUCAAAAAUGUCAUUUGUGUGCAGUUGUUUUGGAGGCAGAUUUUCUGUCACGUGUUUAGUUUUAUAUGAACUGAAUUCUGUUGCUUGAAAACUAAAUCACUAGGAAGAAAUGCCCUUGGCUAGCAAAAAUUGACAACAAACCACGUGCAAGUUCAAAGUUGACUCAAUAUCAACAGGGUACGUAAAGUUCCAUAGAAGCAUUCAAGGUGAACUUUACUUUGAGCUUUUCCUUUACAGCGUUUAACUAAAUAUAACUCUCUAGGUAUUUGAAAAAAUAAAUCAUUGCUUUCUCUUGACUAUGCAGGCACUCUUCCAGCUAGGCCAUCAAACCCAGUCAGUCAUGGACUGCCUUGGCUGCCUGGAAUCCAUGCAAUUCACAAAUGCAGGUUGAGUGAUAUAGCCUUUAUACCUAGACUCCAUAGUUGGUAUAUGGAAUAGAAAUGAGAUAUGAAUGGAAAAAAAUAAUCCAAAAUUCAGAAGGUGGAGAGUAGUCCACAGUACUUAGUAUCUUGGGGGUGUCAGAGACACAAAAGCUACAGGACUCCUCCUUGAGCUUGUGCAGAGUGAAGAAGAGGCCAUGGCUAAGGCUAUGAUUUUUUCACUGAAGUCACGGAAUACGUGACUUCCAGCAACCUCCGUGAAUUCAGUACUGUUCUCUGGAAGCUGCAGGGUCCCCAUGGCCAUGUGUGCUGGGGGCCUCCUGGAGUUCCCAGGCAUCGUGUGCAGCGGGAGCACAGCUCCUGGCUGCCACAGGCAGCAGGCCCCCCCCCCCGCAACUCCCGGUGGACAUGGGCAGAGGGGGACCCCUG